AAGCGAUGUAAACACGCGAAAACUUCGCGAAAAAAGUCUCCAAAACUAGCUAAGCGCGAUUAUUUCUACUGCACAGCGCGUAUUUUGCACAUGGAGUAAUAUACAGCACCCGUGUGUGUGUAGAUGUCAUGUAUUAAGACAUUCUCGUCCACUUUUCCACACCUUAUCUCAAAGUCAUGGACAGUUUAUUGGUGAAGGACAAUCCGCUGCUUCUGCCUAUGAACAAGGAGAGGACUGUGUACGAUGGGUUUAUCACUGUUCAGGAUCAGGACUUCAGAUUGAGGAUACUGCUGCCUCCAAACCGAGACAUAAAACAGGCCAAACUCCACUGCUGUUGGCAGCUGAAACACCUGUUACGAGGAUAUGAGGCCAUUCUCAAACAGAGGCUGCAGCAGUCGUCAGAUCUGGGCUCCUUCCUCCUAGAGCUGAAAACUGUUCUGGAGGUAUGUGUACAGAGCCGUCCUUCAGCCCUCUCCAUCCCUCACCCUCAGUCGUACUCAGACCUCCUGUCUGAGCUGGAGACACUCGGAUGGGACAAACUGGUGUUCAUAGACACAGACUUUAGGACCCUGAGGCUGAGGGCGAACGACUCUUCAGGACGGGAGCAUGUCCUCACUGUUAAACUAAAGACAAAGCACCCCACAGAGGCUCCAGAGUGUGCUGCAGAUGUGCCGGUCCCUUUGGUUUUCCACUGGACUCCACAGACGACCCUGGCUCAGCUCCACAGUCAGUUUCUUCAGCUGGUCGAGUCUCUCAGGGAAUUCUGGGACGUUUUGGACGAAAUCGACCAAAAGACAUGGGUCCUAGAGCCAGAGAAGCCCUGUCGAUCGGACGCUAUGAGACGCAUCGCCAUCGGGAACAAUGCAUCGAUCAAAGUGGAGGUUGACCCCAGACACCCAAAGAUGCUCCCAGAGUGCUGCCUUCUUGGUGCAGAGCAUGUGGUGACUCCUCUGAGGAACAAACUCAACGCCAACAUGCACCUGUGGAACCCUGAGUGCAGCGUCCUAUUGAACCUUCGGGAUGUUUUGGAGAUACAGUUCCCGUCACCAGCCACUCACGAAAAAUCUAGCCUAAGCGUGGAGUGUGGCAUCUGUUACUCAUUCCGUCUGGACUCAGGGAUCCCGGAUCAGGUCUGUAACGAUCCUCGCUGUGGUCAGCCUUUCCACCAGGACUGUCUAUACCAGUGGCUGCGUGCACUGCCGUCCACACGUCAAAGCUUUAACACUAUUUUUGGAGAAUGUCCCUACUGCAGCAAGCCCAUCACAGUGAAAAUGGCAGUACAAAAGUGAAUGUCAAAACUCAAAGAAACGAGAGCGACCAGGAAACAGAGUCCAGCGCAC